AUGGGCCGCACUGAGCCCUCGCUCGGCCGGCCGCCGCCAGAGUUCCGCCGUGAUGCUCGUGCCAAAAGGGCAAAAGCCACGGUGAACAAGCUAAUCCCGGCGCUGCUGAAUGCACACCCCCGCGCCCGCCGGGGCAUCGACGCGGCAGAGCUCAUUGUUGAGCCCGCCGCCGCGACCACUGCCAGAACAACCACCUCAACGGUUGAAACAACCAAGUUCAAGGAUGCAAAACAGCCUGCGCCCAAUGGCAGUAGCAGAUCCUCCGGCAAGGGCAAAGCUAAGGGCAGGAAGGGUAAAGGAAGAGGGCACGGGGACAACGAGGAGGAGCUCACGGCUCCGGAGCGGCCCGGUGCCGCAACGGGCCCGGCGCUGCCGGACGUGGCUCCGGGUUCGAAGUCGAGGCCGGACAAGACCGCCAACCCUGCAUCGGCAACACCGCCACGCAUCCGGCUCGCCAUUGCAGACACCCUCACCGUCGCCCGGUACCUCCUUGAACCAGCAGGCGAUGAUGCAUGCGGCGCGACAGCCAGUGCCGCCAAACCCACCAAGACCACCAGGGCGGACCUCGCCAACACUACCUCCCGCGUGGGCAUCCUCAACAUGGCGUCCCCCCUGAGCCCCGGGGGCGGCUUCCUCAACGGCGCCAUGACCCAGGAGGAGUCGCUCUGCAUGCGGACCACCUUGCUCCCGUCGCUGCGGGACGAGUUCUACCGCCUCCCCGAGCUCGGCGCCGUGUACACACCCGACGUCCUCGUCUUCCGUGACGAGGCCGGUAACGACUUGGAUAAGAAGGACCGGUGGUUCGUAGACUGCGUCAGCGCUGCGAUGCUGCGGUUCCCCGAGGUCGAGGAGGUACCGGAUGGCGAUGACGGAGGUGUCAAAUCCACGACAGACCAGCCACGAACUUCACCUGAGAAUGACUUGGACUCGAACUCGGAUGAAGAGGAAGAGGGAGAGGAAGAGGACGAGGAUGGCGACGAAGACAUCCACGAGGCACUGGUCAUCAAACGCUAUGCCAACCAAAAGGACCGCGAGGCAGUUAUACACAAGAUGCGCGUGGUCAUGCGCAUCUUCCAGGCCAAAGGGUGCCGGAAGCUCGUCCUAGGCGGGGCCUGGGGCUGCGGUGCAUACGGGAACCCAGUCGAAGAAGUUGCCGCGGCGUGGCGGAAAGUGCUCCUGCCUCCGACACCAUCGAGCAACAAGGCUGGCGGUAGUGGCCGAGCCAGACCCCCGAAAGAGAACUGGCAUGGCAUCGAGGAGGUCGUCUUUGCCAUCAAGGGCGGCGGCAUGGCCGGCCGGUUCGAGAACGCCUUCCUGGGCUCAUCGGCCACGGCGCCGCCGCCGCUACCAGCUGCCGAGCAUGCUCAUGGCAGUGCGGGUGGCGAGCUCAGCGCUAUCCCGGGCACAAUCGACCAGAUCUCGCCGACGGUCCUAAGCCAGUUCACAUCCCUGGCAAGGCCACCAUCGAGCACCCAUGGCGGUGGAGGAGAUUCGCAAGGACAAGCCCCAGAAGAAGACCCUGAGGCAUUCAGGAUGCGAGAACUACGCGAGCGCAUCGCCACACUGGAUCUGCAAGUCCGGCAGGCCCGCACGGAGCAGCUUCGAAACGGGCUGAGUGCGGUGCUUGCAGGACUGAGAAGUCAGUUGCCUCCUCACGAGCGGCUUAGUGAUGCUGGAGCCGAGGAACAGGAAGAGCUUAGCAAGGAGGAGGAGGACGACGAUGAUAAUGAAGAAGAUCGUGGUAGUGACGAUGACGAUGAUGAGGCUGACGGUCGUGACGGGCUUAGCACGGGCGAUGAAGACGGCGAUAUCAACCGCGGAGGGGUCAGUCAUAGAUGA